CACAGUGAAAACAGAUACAUUCUAGCAAAACUAGCCCCAGCCCGCAGCCAUGGCGGCCGAGACCGACAAGGUAGAGCCUGCGGACAGCGAACAAGACGAGGAGGAAGAUGUAUACGAAGUGGAGCGGAUCAUUGACAUGCGGGUGGAGGAGGGUGAAGUUCUCUACAGAGUCCGUUGGAAGAAUUACUGCUCUGACGAUGACACUUGGGAGCCGGAGGCCCAUUUGGAGGACUGUCGUGAAGUCCUUUUAGCUUUUAAGAAGUCUUUGGCUGACGCUAAGGCCAAGAAAGAGGCAGAAGCCAAGAAGAGCGUGAAACUGCUGCCUACAAAGAGCGACGUGUUUGAUGCUGACUCAGAGAGCGACAGUGACAAAGACCCUCCAGCUGAGGCACCCAUCAAGAAGAAGAAGAAGAAAAAGAUCAGAGAAGAAGAAGACGAACCGCCUCCAAAGGACAAAAAGAAGAAGAAGAAAGAAAAACGGAAGGAUGAUGUCAGGCCUGUACCUGCACCAGAAACAGACGAGGAAGAAGAAGAAGAGAGGGCCCCAACUCCACCCUCAUCUCCCAAGGAGAAAAAGACUGAAUCAAAAAAACGGCUGGUUGACUCUGAUGAGGACGACGAUGAGCCUGUUCCCUCAAAAAAACACAAGAAGGAAAAGGGAAAAGAGGGAGCAAAGCACAAGAAAGAAAAGGGAGAGGACGGUAAGAAAAGGAAGGGGAAGAAGGAACGGAAGAUUGAAACCUCUGAAGAUGAGGCCACUGCACCUCUGGAGGACUACCUGAGUGACGGCCCAUCAGAGUCCCAAAUGGAUGAUACUACAUCAUCAGAUACUGUUACAAAGUCAGCCGAAAAGGCACGAGUGGAGUCCAAACAAAAGAAGGGGAAGUGGGAAGUAAAGCUGCAGGGCAUUAAGGACCUUAUCCAGGAUAAAAAGAGCAAAAAGCCAGAUGCCGCCCAGAAAGAAAGCAGCCUCCAAAAACUGAAGAACCUUACCUCUAAAAGCAAGGAGGAGAAUGCCCCACACUCAGACUCAAGUGAUAGCUCCAUUUUGCAUAAGAAAGCGAAAAGUAAAGGGCAGGAGUGCACAUCAGCACCACCCAAAGCUCCGUCUUCCUCCGCAUCAUCGUCAUCCUCAUCUUCUGUCACAGCGGCUAGUAGCGUCAAGGUUAAGGAGGAGGAGGUGGUGGUUAAAGAGGAGGUUUUGGGACAGAAGGACACCACAGGCUCCACUAACCUCUUUGAGAAAUUCCUAUUGAACUGUGAGGCCAAGGAUCGCGCCCCACGCCGGCAGCCAGUUCAUCAGCCCCCCGUAGAGAAGACAAACAGCAAACCCGCAAAGCUAAUAGGAAAGAUUGAGAAGAUCCCCAAGACAACCAAAGAGUCUCCAGCUCAGAAAGCAGAGGCUGAGAAGACGGAGAGGACCAAGCAAUCAGAUGUCCCCAGACCCGGGCAGAGUUAUGGCUUCAACCUGGACAGUGAUGAGAGGGAAGGAGAGGAAAGUACGACAAAGCUGAAGAUUGGAGAGGAUUCCCGGGAGCGGAGGGAGAAGCCAGAGGAGGCGCAGCGGCCUAGCUGGGAAAGGAGAACCCCAACAGAUGACAGGCGGAAGAGGAGAGACGACAGUGAGCCCAGACUCUUCAUGGCUUGUGAUGACAAUCAGGAUGCCCAGGACCCACCAGAGGGCGCUGACAAAUCUGACAAGGGCCAAGCCACUUUGAGCCUUGGAAUGGACCUCAACCUGGACUGGAUGACUCUGGACGACUUCCAGAAACAUCUGAACGGAGAGGAUGAGAUUCUGUCAGGUCCACCGUUAUCACCCAGUGAGUUGCGGGAUGCUGUGAAAAGUGGAGAUUACAUGGCUGUAAAAUUGGCCCUUAAUUCCAAAGAGGACUACAAUCUGGACCAAGAGGACGUUAGUGGCAUGUCCCUGAGCAUGCUGGCAGCAGCGGGGGGGCAGGACGACAUCCUCAGGUUGCUGAUAAAGAAGGGGGUGAGGGUGAAUGGACGACAGAAAAACGGCACUACAGCCCUAAUGCACGCUGCUGAAAAGAAUUUCUUGACGACCGUUGCUAUCCUUCUGGAGGCGGGCUCCUACCUCAACGCUCAGACACUAAGCGGGGAGACUGCACUGAUGAAGGCAUGUAAAAGAGGGAACGCUGAGGUAGUGCGCCUCCUGCUGGAGUACGGAGCUGACUGCAACAUCCUGUCCAAACACAAACACACGGCCAUGUACUUCGCCAAGCUCAGCAACAACCUGGUGGUGUGCGACCUCAUCAGGGACCACAUCAGCGUGUUGUCCAGUGUGGCGGAGGACACCAUCCGAGCGUACUUUGAGUCUCGUCUCGUGCUGCUGGAGCCCGUCUUCCCUCUGGCCUGCCACAGGCUUUGCGAGGGGCCCGACUUCUCCAUGGAGUUUGCCUUCAAGUCGCAGCCACAACCGGAGGGCUCAGGAAUCCUCCUCUUCAUCUUUCACGCCAACUUCCUGAGCGAGAUCACAGCCAGGCUCUGCGGACCCUGCAGCGUUCAUGCCGUGGUGCUCAACGACAAGUUCCAGCUGCCCAUCUUCCUGGAUAGCCACUUCAUCUACUCCUUCAGCCCAAUACCAGGCAUCAACAGACUCUUCAUUCGUCUAGCAGAAGCACCAACAGCCAAGGUCAAACUCCUCAUCUGCGCGUACAGAGUGCAGCUGCAGUGAUGGCUCCUCUAAAGUCACGCCAGCCCUGGCCACCACAGCAAAACACACAAAUAAAACACACACCGCCACACACACUGAGCAGCAGCUGAAAUGCUCUGCCAAGCUCACUGUCUUCUAAGAGAGGAAGACUUUGUUGGAUCUUCGUCGCCGUGAAGUGAAAUGUGAAGUGAAAGUCCUUCACGUGCAGCACAAAUCCGAGGAUCUCACGAGGUCGUCGAGUGACCCUCCCCUCGAGCAGCCCGUCCAUUUGUCGGUGAAACCUUUGCUUCCGCAGCUUCUGGGUGGAAGGAGGCAGCCACAAACUCCCGCCUCUUCCACUUGAGUAAAACUUCAAAGUUUGAAACCCUCCUGGGUUGUGCCUUUUUUUCCCCCCCAGAGUUCCACCUUCUGUGAGCUUGGAUAUGAUAGAUGUGUGUGUGUGUGUGUGUGUGUGUUUGUUCAUAGACCCAGUUUGUGUGUACAUGUGUGUAGA